AUGGACAACAAUGCUAUCGAACUACAGCUAUCCCGUAUCAUUUCUGCAGUAGAAUCCACAACCAUCUUUACAACGAUUAUUCCCAAGCCGACUGCGAAAGCCGAUGGAACUGCCACUACCGAAAUUCCUGUCGUGACGGUCACGCAGGAAGCCACUCAUUCAGAUGUCAGCUCGGGAGGGUUACCUGGAGGCAAGAUUUUUGGGGCUUUAGAGAUUAUCAUUGCUCUCGGAGUAUUGGUUGGCGUGUUGCUCAUGAUUAUGGGAAUCAUCCUCUGCGAUCGACGACGAAAAUCCAAGAAGAGAAAGCGAGCAUCUGCCAGAGUCCAAAAGAGAAUGACGGAAAAGAGCGAGCCACCAUCCGAGACCAGCAGCCAACGCAGUCGAUCACCGACGGAUCCGCGAAUCAAGCUUGGCAGCCGGGACCAGGAGGCAUGCCGCCGGGACACGGGCAAAUACAAGGACAAGGACAAAACCAAGGGCAAUAUAGAUAUCAAUAACCUUGAAUGA